AAAGCACUUGCACGCAUGCAUGAGGUGCAUGAACACGGAAAAGGAAUCAAAGACAUUGCAAGUAGAAUGAACACAGUUACUAUCCAGAAGGACGCACAAUACACACGCACACACACCAGUGAAUGUGAAAAUACAAGGAGCAUAAGGUUACGCUUGAAAGAGCAUUUGAAGACCUCUCCUACCCCCAGGCCUGCCCCCCAGCCCUGUGCUCCUUGCACCAAGGUCGAGGAAGGAGAACCAGGUCUGCCAGUUUGCGCUUGCCCAAACUGUCCAUCUCUGGAAACCUACGAUCUGAAAAACAUCCUGAGCAAAAUGGGCAUCACCAAGGUCUUCAGCGCCGAGGCUGACCUCUCUGGGAUCACUGAGGAAGGGCCCUUGAUGCUGUCCAAGGGGCUGCACAAGGCCGUGCUGACCAUCGACGAGAAAGGGACUGAAGCUGCGGGAGCCACCUUUCUGGAAGCCAUCCCCAUGUCCAUGCCGCCCAGUGUCGACUUCAACAAGCCUUUCCUCAUCAUCAUCGUCGACAGAGACACCAAGAGUCCCCUCUUCAUGGGAAAGGUGGUGAACCCCACCCAAAAGUAACUGCCUUGUGGGUCAGGUCCCUUCCAGAUACCAUUAAAGAGUGACCCACCC